AUGCAACUUAAGAACGGCUAUAUGACUCUAUUUAAGCAUGGUCAGCUAAUUCAGUCCGCGCCUGCCUAUGACUUACACGGUCAGAUUAGUCAAUACCUUCAAUCUGAGCCCGGCCAGAAGCUUCUAAUCAAGCCCUGCCAGAAGCUUCCAAUUGAACCCGGCAGGGACCUUCCAUCCCGGCUCGAAGCUCGUCAAAUUCAACAGCUUCAAUCAAGCCCGGCUCAAAGCCCUGAAUUUGACCACCCGGCUCAACAGCCUGAAUCUCAACAGCUCUGCCGCAAUCCUCAAUACGGCCAUAACGCUUAUUUCAGUCCUGGCCACGACGUUCCUUUCAAUCCCGGCCACAACGUUCAAACCGAGCCCGCCCGUGACCUUCGAUACGGGCCUGUCAGCAACGCUCAAUUUGGACCCGGCCAGUCCCUUCAAAUGAAGCCUAGUUAUAGUAGCUAUUCUAGGCACUUUAGAUAUCCUAGCUAUUCUAGCGACUCUAGUUAG